AUGCUUGAGCACCAAGUGUUGCAUUUCACUAAGACUGAUUAUAGGCUUGCAAAUAAUGGGAUUCCUGAAGAGCUUCAAAAGCUGCGGUGCCGAGCAAACUAUGAAGCUCUGAGAUUCACCACCUCAAUAGAGGAAAUAAGGAAGAAGAUUGUCAGGAUUCUGAGGCAAAACGGUCCUUACUUGGCUCUUCGUCUCAGAUAUGAAAUGGAUAUGUUAGCAUUCACUAGUUGUAAUGAAGGUUGCAAUGAGACAGAAGUUGAUCAACUCACAAAACUGAGAUAUGACACCCCAUGGUGGGGACGAAAAGCAAUAAAUUCUAUAAAGAAAAGAAAAGACGGCCGUUGCCCUUUAACUCCCGAGGAAACUGCACUUGCAUUGAGGGCAUUGGAUAUUGAUCCCAGUAUCCAAAUUUAUAUUGCUGCUGGAAAUAUAUAUGGUGGGGAAAGGAGAAUGGCCCCCCUCAGAGCAGCUUUUCCAAAUCUGAUUAGAAAGGAAACAUUGCUGACAACCUCAGACCUUAAGCCCUUCCUGAAACAUUCAAACAUGAUGGCCGCGCUGGAUUACAUUGUAUCAUUACAAAGUGACAUUUUUGUGCCAACAUAUGGAGGAAACAUGGCAAGGGUUGUUGAAGGCCAUCGACGAUAUUUGGGGUUCAAGAUGACAAUCAAUUUAGACAGAUGGCUUCUAGUGUAUCUGAUAGAUCAUUACAGAAAUGGGUCACUCAUUAGCUGGGAUGAAUUCUCCCAAGAAGUGAAGACAAGCCAUGCUGAUCGCAUGGGCAGCCCUACUCGAAGGACAGAGGUUCCUGCGAGACCCAUGCAAGAAGAUUAUUUCUAUAGUAAUCCGCAGGAAUGUUUGCCAGCAAUUGUUAAAAAUCCAGAGAGGACAUAAUAAAACACGUAGGUUAUGCGCUUUGAUGAGGGGAUUAGAGAUGUGUUAUUUCACCCUUUGCUACGCACACACCUCCUGUAAUCAAUUGAAAGUCUA